GUGGGAACUGAGCGCAAAAACCAACAGAGGAAAAACUUUGUAUCACUUGACUGAUACAGGGGUUGCCUUGCACAGAGUUGACUGGCUGUCAGAAAAAAAACACGAAGAUGGCGCGGCGCUACAGCCGUGCCACGUCCUGGCGUACUGGAAAUACUCUAUCAACAAAUGCCAGACAAUUGCUAAUUCUAACGAUAUUGGUUUAUACCGGGAUACUUUCUCCAUUUACUGCGGAAGCCGGACUGUACACCGCGUCGGAUCAGAUCGUUAUAUUAACUACGGAAAAUGCAGAUACCGUUUUGUUCAACUCCACAGCCGCAAUGGUUGUUGAGUUCUACGCCUCUUGGUGCGGACAUUGUAUUGGGUUUUCUCCAGUAUACAAAAGUCUUGCAAGAGAUAUCAAAGAGUGGAAGCCUGCGGUGGACCUGGGGGCUAUCGACUGUGCAGAGGAGCAGAGCAGGAAAAUUUGCACCAACUUUGGCAUCAAGGGCUAUCCCACACUCAAGUUCUUCCAUGCAUAUGGCACAAGUGACUCCAAGGGACAGUCUUUCCGAGGGUUCCCACGCGAUGUGAAGGGGCUCCGGCAGAACAUCAUAGAGAAGAUGGAGAACCACCAGGAACCCUGGCCCCCAGCAUGCCCCCCUCUGGAGCCCACCAGCCUAGCGGAGAUUGACAGCUUCUUUGAGAGCAACUCUGUGCAGCACCUGGCCCUGAUCUUCGAGGCCUCUAACUCCUACGUGGGCCGAGAGGUGACCCUGGACCUGCUCCAGUAUGACAACAUAGCAGUGCGCAGGGUGCUGAGUACUGAGGAGGUCCUAGUGAGCCGUCUGGAGGUGACAGACUUCCCCUCCUGCUUCCUGUACUACCCUGGAGGAAACCACACCAGGCUCAGAGUGCAGAACGAGGCCCGCACCUUCUACUCCUUCGCCCUCCAGAGGCUCCCCGGGGUAGUGCGGACAGGGAAGCCCCGCCCCCUCACCUCUGACCUCCUCGGGAACACCACAGACGAGCAGUGGAGAGUCUUUAACAGAUCCAGGGUGUACAUGGCAGACCUGGAGUCUACUCUUCACUUCUCCCUCCGCGUGGAGCUGGCGUCUCACCCAAUCCUCCGCGGAGACGCACUGAGCGCGCUCAGACGCUACGUCUCAGUCCUCGCCAAGUACUUCCCAGGACGCCCCGUGGUGAAGAAUCUGCUGACGGCUGUGGACUCGUGGCUGCAGGCUCAGAGCCAAUCAGAGAUCUCGUACAGCGAUCUGAGGGACGUCUUGGACAACACUGCGGAGGUCCCUGAUGCAGUUCUGCCUGAGGGGCAGAACUGGGUGGGCUGCCAGGGCUCCAAGCCCCACCUCAGACGCUACCCCUGUGGGGUGUGGACCCUCUUCCACGUCCUCACUGUCCAGGCCAAGAGCUCUGCCAGCACAGACCCCCUGGAGGUGCUGCAGGCCAUGCGGGGCUACGUGCACAGCUUCUUCGGAUGCAGGGAGUGCGCCACUCACUUUGAGGCCAUGGCCCAGGACAGCCUGUCUCAGGUGGACUCCGCCUCCACCGCAGGCCUCUGGCUCUGGUCACGCCACAACCACGUCAACAACCGACUGGCAGGAGCCGGGAGCGAGGACCCACACUUCCCCAAAACCCAGUGGCCGACCCCAGACAUGUGCCCUGCCUGCCACGGGGUGAAGAGGGGGGGGGAGCACGCCUGGAAGCCGGCUGAGGUCCUCUCCUUCCUCCUCUCCUACUUCUCCUCUGAGCGCCUCCUCCCAGACCACCUGGAGGAGGAGAGCCGGCUGCUGGCCCAGCAGAAGGAGCAGCGGGAGGCGCAACGGCAGGAGCAGGAGGUUCGGAGAGGGGCCGAGAGGAGAGCUAGGGAGGCCUCCUUCACCCAGCCCCAGGAGGAGGAGGAGGACGAGGAGGAGGAGGAGGCGCAGGAGGACCCGGCGGACGAGGAGGCAGGGGAGGGGGGAGGCACCUUGGAGCCGGCUCCUUGGGUGAAGCCGGAGGCGGUGGCGGAGGAGGAGGGGGUGGUGGAUGGGGGGAGGCCGUCCCGCCAGCGCGGGGCCCGCAGCAGGCCCAGCGUUGUGGGGAUGAAGCUACGGGAGCCUCAGGAAGACAUCGUGGACCUGGACUCCUUUGUCAACCAGCACUACAAGGCCAAGGCUCUCCGUGCCGCCGCCGCCGUCUCCGCCCACGUCAAACGCCGCAGCCUGCAGAGAAGGGAGGAGUCUGUCCUGGGGUUGGGGCUAGAGGCGGGGCCUGAUCUCCCGGGGGCGGAAUCGGUGGAUUUGGGGGCGGGGCAACACAAGAGGCUGCAGAAGCGCGGUCUGACAAGCCAGUACGGGGGCUCGGAGGAGGAGGGCGUCGCAGUGGUGCAGUUAUACCCCCAUGACCCUAGGGGGCGCUGGAUGAACGUGCUGAGUGUGGGCUUCUCAGGUCUGGACAUCAGCCUUUGUGUGAUUCUUUACUUCCUCUCGUCCAUGUGCCUGCUGGGCAUGUUCCUUUUCUUCAAGAUGCGCCCGCGGUUCCGGCGGGUCAAGGUGGCACAGCCCUGAGGCACGGCUUGUUCAACAGCGGGGGACUGCACCGCCUGGCACCCUGGGUUGGGUUUGGGAUCAGUUACGUCAACAAACCAUCACAAAGUGUUGCACAUCUCCUGUUUAAAAAGUAAAAAUCUGAAGUCGAACUAAUAAAAGGUUCUGAUAUCCUUUCUCCAGUUAGCAGGUAUGGAACGACAAACCAUUUAUUUUGUCAUGACAACGAAACUGAUCUGGAUUCGCACCCGUUUCCCAACCUGCUCACGGAAUCCCCCGUCAGGGUCAAGCUAACAGUUCACCGCCCAACUCAGCUCGCCUCCGGAGCCUCCGUUUGAUCCCAUGUAAUUAACUAUCAUUGUUAUGCUUCUCUGCUUAAUUUAACCACUUAUGAAGGAUGAAUGAUUGGAGUGGAGUUGUAAUCUCCUGAUUCUGAACAGACCUGGGUCAAUUACUUAUUAUUUUUUAAAUACUUAAUUUAGGUCAUUAUUCAUUUGAUCCAUUUUAAACAAGCGGACCUGUCCUAUAACUACCAACUGCGUGGAAAGCCCAUCCUAAACUCUGAAAGAGCUUUUAAAUUCUGAAAGAGCUUUUAAAUGAUUUUAGGACAUUGAUUUAUGUAAUUGACCUGGGUCUUAUUUAGUGUGAUAAAAAAGUGUGAUAUUUAUUUUGAUUAUUUUGCCGAUGUAAUGCUAUACAAUGCUAUACAAUCUUCUUUUUUUUUAUCACAUUACUCUAUAACAUUUGUGACUGAAAAGUUCUCAGUGUCGACUUGUUUUUCAAGUUUGAGAUAUAUCCAAUAUUGUUGAACCUUCAGCCAACCAGUGGCUUUUUCCCCAACAAGAACUGUCUUGCUUGAGUACUGCACCCACACUUGCAAGUGAUUCUUGUAUGACAAAUGAUGUGCCUUGAAUUACAUUCUGGAUUAACUGGAAAUGUUAAUUGAUUAGAUACAGAUUGUUACCAAAUAUGAGCUAUGUGAUUUCACAGCUGGCUAGACUAGCUCUUGGCCAGACAUUUGUGUUUGGGUAGUGAAAAUUUAAUUGGGGCCUGCUUGGGAUCUCUUUAAAUGCCCAAUAGAAUCCGUGGCAAAGUAGAUAACCCAGAAUUUCAAGUUAGCAAGAUUUGCGUUUGGCCUGGUGUCGAUUUAAAUUAAGCUAACACAACUCACUAACUCUCAAGCUAAUUCUCAUCUCAAUCAAUAAAAUUAUUUUUGCUAAGA